UGAAUGAGCGUGAGCCGCAAAACUGUUUGGCAUUCUGGCAUCUGUUUCUGCUCGAGCUUCAAAACAUUUUUCUGAACUUGUUUUUCUCGCAAAAUUUUAUGGUACACAGCCAAUUUUUUAACAAUUUUGUGACUUCCGAGACGAGAUUCUACAAAAUUUAAGCGGAUAUUGAAUUUCUAAUUUGACGAUUGAUUGUGUGGACCAAAAAUGUUAAACCAGGCGGCGGCUGAGGCGCUUUACUCGGCCACGUACGUAGAAAAUUAUCUGGACUGCUUGGAAAAUCUCCCAGAUGAUCUCCAACGCCAGCUUUCUCGUCUGCGUGAACUUGACGCUCUUUACCAAGGAUACACCGAUGAACUAGGAGAGCUGACGGAAUCGUUCAAAAAAGAGUCGGACGGAGCGGCGCUGCGGAAACUGCAGACCCAAAUGCAACAGACUUUGAUUAGGGCGCAAGAAAUCGGCGACGAAAAACUGCAGGCGGUCAACAUCCUGCAGGAGCUAAUCGAAAACCAAGCUCGACUUCUAGAGACUGACUCAAAAAAUCUAGACUUCGGUAAGGAUCAGGAAAAUACGGAACCAAGCAGUAAGGAAAUACCUAGUGGUCCAAGAGAACAGACAAGUUACUCAAGCAGCUCAAACGUUACCACGAUGGCCGUUGUCAACUCGGCCAGCAAUUCCGAAAGGCAGUCGAAAAGAGCUCGGAGGUCAAGAGUUGAAAUUGUGGAGGAAACUUACACCAGCAUCACUAUUCAACAGACAAGCUCCACCACAGAGAGGAAUGUUGAAACAAGAGGAAAUUCGUCCGUGUCUGAAAACUCAAAAUCAAAUUCCGGAGGAAAUUCGGGCGGCAUGAGUAGCAGCAACGUGAAUCAACGAAAACAGACCAAGAAGAAAAAGAGGAAAGCAAAGCAGGAGAAAGAGCAAAAGCAGCAAAAGAGGCAGCACCAGCAGGAUGACUCUCCUCAGGAGAUUCCGAUAGAUCCGGAUGAGCCGACGUACUGCCUUUGCGACCAGAUCUCAUAUGGCGAGAUGAUUUGUUGCGACAACGAUCUCUGCCCCAUAGAAUGGUUCCACUUUUCUUGCGUCUCACUCAGUUCAAAACCCAAGGGCAAGUGGUUCUGUCCCCGCUGCCGAGGUGACAGACCCAACAUAAUGAAGCCAAAGGCUCAAUUUCUCAAAGAACUGGAGCGGUACAACAAGGAGAAAGAAGAGAAGGCGUAAUUUGAACUUUAUUUUGAGAGGUAUUUUAGCUGUAAAUAAAAUCUAAUAAUUAAUAAACUGGGAUUUUUAAGAAUUCAAA